GACAGCUGACUUCUAAUAAAGACAGAGAGAAAGAGGAGACUAUCUUGAAGUCUUAAUUGUUCAGGCACUGGGGUAAAAUGGUGCCCAUCAUUUUUAUGAGUACCUUUUUGCUUCAAUUUACUGUUUCUGAGGCUUUGAACCCGCAAUAUAUCCUAUGGGUCCCCUCUGUGAUGCAAAGUCAUUCUACAGAACAAGCUUGUCUCCACCUUUUAAACCUGAAUGAAUCUGUGUCCUUGAGUGUUGUCUUAGAAUAUGAUGGAUCCAAUAGCACUAUUUUUGACCAGACUGUGGAAGAGGAUAACUUCUAUGCUUGUGCAAAUUUUGAGGUUUCCCACAAGUCUUCUGAACAGAUGGCUUUUGUGACUCUGUUGGUUAAGGGAGAUACUCUUAAAAUCUUUGAGAGGAGAUCUGUAGCACUGUCUUCAGAAGAGACAGUGACCUUUGUGCAGACAGAUAAACCCAUCUAUAAAUCUGGAGAGAAUGUUAAACUUCGCAUCGUGACACUGGAUACUAAGUUCCUUCCUAUCAACGAUGUGUAUCCCUUGAUCACACUUCAGGAUCCUCAAGACAAUAGGAUUUUUCAAUGGCAAAAUGUGACCUCUUCUCAAAAUAUUACCGAACUCUCAUUUCAAUUGAUUUUAGAACCAGUGUUUGGAGAUUACUCUAUUGUCGUGAAAGAAAAAUCAGGAAAGACAUUGACACACCAAUUUACUGUUAAUAGAAAUGUGUUGCCCAAGUUUGAAGUUAAAGUCAGUGCACCACAAACAAUAACUAUUUCAGAUGAUGAAUUCCAAGUCAGCACAUGUGCUAAGUAUACCUUUGGCCAACCUGUACAUGGGAAAGUCCACAUCCAGGUGUGCAGGGAAUUUUUUUCCUCUGGGGCUUGUGAGAAAGACAAGAAUGAAAUAUGUGAACAGUUUGUUGCACAGUUGAAAAAUGGUUGUGUUUCUCAAAUUAUAAAUACAAAAGUCUUCCAACUCUACCGUUCUGGACUCUUCAUGUCAUUUUAUAUCACCACAACUGUUACGGAAAUUGGGACAGGUGUGCAAAUCAGCGAAAAGUCUUCUAUUUUUAUCACUCCAGUGCUUGGAAGUGUGAGCUUCAAGAACAUGGACCCUUUCUAUAGAAGAGGAAUUUCUUAUUUUGGAACUCUUAAAUUUUCCGGCCCUAAUAAUGUUCCGAUGGUGAACAAGUUAUUGCAGUUGGAGCUCAAUGACAGACUGGUAGGAAACUACACCACAGAUGAGAAUGGUGAAGCUCAGUUUUCCAUUGAUACUUCUGAUAUAUUUGAUCCGGAGUUUCGUCUGAAAGCCACAUAUGUCAGACCCCAAAGCUGCUACCUUCCCAGCUGGUUAAUUCCACAGUACAUGGAUGGCCAUUUCUCAGUCCAACGCUUCUACUCACAAACCAGCAGUUUCCUGCUGAUUGAGCCUGAACCCAAGGAGCUUAGAUGCGAUCAAGAGAAGAUUGUUACUGUACAUUACUCGCUAAACAGUGAAGCAUACAGGGAUGAUUCAAACAUCAACUUCUUCUAUUUGGUUAUGGUGAAAGGAACUAUCUUCCUCAGUGGACAGAAGGAGAUCAGAAACAAAGCCUGGAAGGGAAACAUCUCCUUCCCCAUCAAUGUCAGUGCUGAUCUGGCUCCUGUGGCUGUCAUGCUUGUCUACACUCUUCACCCCAGUGGGGAAAUCAUAGCUGACAGUGUCAAGUUCCAGGUGGAAAAAUGCUUUAAAAACAAGGUUAACAUCAAGUUCUCGAAGGAGCAGGGACUACCAGGCUCCAGCACUGGUCUCCAUCUUCAGGCAUCCCCUGACUCAGUCUGUGCCCUCCGGGCUGUGGAUAAAAGCGUUCUACUGAAGUCAGAACAACAGCUGUCAGCUGAAAGUGUGUACAGUAUGCUCCCAAAUACAGAACUGUAUGGUUAUUUCUAUCGUGGUCUCAACCUUGAUGAUGGCAAGCUAGACCCUUGCAUUCCUCAGAAAGAUAUGUUUUACAAUGGCUUGUAUUAUAUACCUGUAAGCAACCAUGGGGAUGGAGACACCUAUGAUAUUCUCAAGGAUAUGGGUCUGAAAGUCUUCACCAAUCUCCAUUACCGGAAACCAGAAGUAUGUUCAACAGAGAAAAUCAUGCCAUACACUGGGCCGCUCUAUCUGGAAUCAGGAGGAUAUUCACCCAUGUACAGUGCCCCAUUGAAAAUUGCAUCUGGUGAAGUCACAAGGGAGAAUUUUGACUCCAUAGAACGGGUUAUAAUUGAAACAGUAAGAACAAACUUUCCAGAAACAUGGAUUUGGGAGCUUGUCAGCAUUGAUUCCUCCGGUUCAGCAAAUCUUUCAUUCACCAUCCCUGAUACUAUAACCCAAUGGGAAGCAAAUGGCUUCUGUGUGAACGGUGAGGCUGGAUUUGGCAUUUCAUCAACAGCUUCUCUGGAAGCCUCCCAACUUUUCUUUGUUGAAAUAACCUCCCCCUCUUCAGUUGUUCGGAAUGAACGGUCUGAUCUGAUUGUCAGUGUCUUCAGCUACCUGAAUACCUGUGUAGAGAUUUUCACUCAACUGGAAGCAUCUCAGGAUUUUGAGGCAGAUAUCAGUACCCCUAAAGACAACAGCAGUGAGAUUAUCCAAGCUGCAGAGAAAAAGACAUAUGUCUGGACUGUUACACCUAAGAAGCUGGGUAAAGUGAAUAUCACCAUAGUUGCUGAGUCCAGGCAAAGUAGUGCUUGCUCAAAGGAAGCACCUGAGAGGCAGAAUCUGAACUGGAAAGAUACUGUGAUCAAAAGUCUGUUGGUACAGCCUGAAGGUAUUGAAAACGAGAUGACUCAAAGUUUCCUAAUCUGUACACAAGGCACCAAAGUCUCCAGGCAGGUAGAUUUGAAUUUGACAAAUGAUGUCGUAGAAGGAUCAACCAGGGCCUUUUUCACUGUUGUGGGGGAUAUUCUAGGGCUUUCAAUACAGAAUCUGGAGAAUCUUUUCCAAAUGCCCUAUGGAGGUGGAGAACAGAAUAUUGCCCUGCUAGCAUCUGAUACCUACAUCCUAGACUAUCUGAAAUCUACUAAACAACUGACGGAAGAAAUUAAAUCUAAAGCUUUAUUCUUCUUAUCUAAUGGUUAUCAGAAGCAGUUGUCUUUCAAAAACUUGGAUGGUUCCUAUAGCGUGUUUUGGCAGAGGAAUCAGGAAGGAAGCAUAUGGCUCAGUGCUCUUACUUUUAAGACAUUUGCGGGAAUGAAGAAAUAUGUCUUCAUUGAUGAACUGGUUCAAAGGGAGACCUUGAUCUGGCUUGCAAGCAAACAGAAAAUAGAUGGUUGCUUUAAAAGUGAUGGCAAGCUUUUCAACAAUGCCUGGGAGGUUGGAGAUGAAGAGGACAUUGUACUCACUGCCUACAUCGUUGCUGCAUUCCUUGAAGCUGGACUCAAUUUCACUUUUCCCGCUCUUCGAAAUGGGCUCUUUUGCUUAGAGGAAGCCUUGGCAAAUGGUAUCAGAAAUGGCUACAACCUUGCAAUUCUAGCUUAUGUUUUUACAUUAGCUGGAAAAGAGGAGCAAGUGGAAUUCUUACUCCGGACCCUGGAUGAAUCUGCUACAAAAUUAAAUAAUGUGAUAUAUUGGGGAAAACCGAAGAAACUGGAGACAGAGGCAUCUCCACUCUUUAUUCUUCGGGCUCCUUCUGCUGAGAUGGAGAAGACGUGCUAUGUGCUGUUGGCUGUGAUUUCCCAGAAAAACCCUGACCUGACCUACGCCAGUAAGAUUGUUCAGUGGCUUGCCCAACAGAUGAAUUCUCACGGAGGCUUCUCCUCCCCUCAGAGCUUGGAAUGCUGCUUGUACUGUUCUGUGCAGGAUACGCCCAUCUGCCUUCUUGCCAUAACCCGCUACAUGAAUUUAAUCUUCUCUGAUGAUCAAGUCACUGUCAGCUUAAGCAGUGAAGAAUUCAACGAGAUUUUCCAGGUUAACAGUGAUAAUCACUUAUUGGUCCAACGUUCAGAACUAACAAAAGCAGGUGGACAAUACACAGUAGAUGUGGAAGGACAAGGUUGUGCAUUUAUCCAGGCUACCCUGAGGUAUACUGUGCUGCUACCUAAAAAGGAAUCUGGAUUUUCCCUUUCCUUACAAAUAGUAAAGAAAAACUCUUCGGAUGUAUCCCAGAGUAAUUUUGACCUGACAGUAACCCUCAGGUAUACGGGAACUCGCAAUAACUCCAACAUGGUCCUUGUUGAUGUAAAAAUGUUAUCAGGAUUUACUCCAGUCAUGUCAUCCAUUGAAGAGCUUGAAAACAAUGGCCAAGUAAUGAAGAGUGAAUUCAAGAAUGACCAUGUUCUUUUCUACCUGGAAAAUGUUUCAGGUACAGCAAAGAGUUUCACCUUCUCUGUUGAGCAAAUCAACCACGUGGCAAACAUUCAGCCAGCCCCAGUCAUGGUCUACGAUUAUUAUGAAAAAGAUGAAUAUGCCCUUGCUUCUUACAAUAUCAACAGUGUUUCUGUUUCUCAGUGAGACAAAACAAAAUACACAAAAAAGGUAGAAAACAAUUUACUUUGAAUGAACUUAUUCUCCUGUCUCAAACCUGGAAGAAAUCCAUGAACCACCUCACAUUCUGAAUAGAGUUCACUCUGCUAUGAGUUCUUAUCACAGUUUGUUUCAUUAAAUGCUGUGAUUUUUGCA